CGGUACCGCCGAAGGCCUGCUUCAAUGCGAUCUUGUCUCCUGACUUCACGCUGUAGACGUCGGUACCUGCACCAGAGGCUCCACCAGGCUGGCAGCGAAAGUCGUUCUCCAGGAUCUCACUGCCUUUGGUUGGCAUGUAGCCACGAGUGUGCUCGCGAAUGUACGUCCAGUCAGAGCCGACCAGCUCGUCGUUGACGACGAGCUGAGAGAACGUGUAGUGGGCAGUGGCCGUAGAGAUGGCCGAAGCCAGGAGUGUGAUUUUCCGGAUCUGCAUGUCGACGGCGAGAAGUGAAUGUGAUGCGCUUGGCUCUGAGAUGCAAAGAAAAUGAUCAACAUCGCCAUUGGCUGACGUCGCCGGAGAAACCAAGAUGGCAUGGCUAUGGAGCGAAAUGCCAAGUCAGACGCAGUGAGUACGUCCUUAUGGUGGACCUUCCGCGAGCCGAGAGACUCUCCAGGUUGGACUUAUAUGUGCUUGGCACCAGAAAGUGUUUCGAAACGGCGCUAAUAAACGAGGACAAUGACCGCCAAGUGAUGGACAUUUCAGGAGCUGCGUGUAUUGAUUGUCCGUUCCAUCCUCCUCGGCUACUAGAGAAGCUCGUGGCGAUACAGAUACAGAUUGCAUAUCAACUUGUUCCCGAAAGAUUAGGCGGCAAGCUCGCGCACGGACUCGCUCCUUAA